UGACCAUUGAUAUUCUAAAUACUGUUAACAAGAACGGAACACAAGAAAUCAAAAGCCGCCUUCUUCCCUCCCUCAAUUUUGUUGAACACAAUCCACUUUACUUUUCAUGAUUCAACCACAUAUAUAUACAUCGAAUAAGAAUAAAACUAAAAGUGCGUGCCAACUGCAAAAAAAACUAAAACUAAAUCAACUGAUCAACUCAGACUCUCAUAUUCAGGAGCUAGCAAUCCUCUCAUCAGAAUUUUAGAUGCAAGUCAUGCAACCUCUACAAUUCUGAUCAGGAAGCAGUAAUAUAGCUGUCACUACUGCUCGAACAUUUUAUGCGGAGAUUAAAUCGUCACCAUCGUCAAAUGCGCGGAUCAAAAGAACACAUCAAGCAAAUCUUUAGAAAACAUAGAUUGCAUCAUAGGAUGGGGGAUUUAAGGGAGUUUUGGAUUCCUGAUUAUAUACUAAAUUCGGAUUCCGAGCAUGAGGACUGUUUAGAUGAACCUCAGUGUCCUGUGAUUGUCUUUGUUAACUCGAAAAGUGGUGGUCAGCUUGGUGGGGGUCUUCUUGAUACAUAUCGUUCGCUUUUGAAUAAAAACCAGGUGGUUGAUUUGUUGGAUCAAGCUCCUGAUAAGUUUCUCAGUGCGCUCUAUCUCAAUCUCGAAAGGCUAAAACAAAAGGAAGAUGAACUGGCUUCUAAGAUCCAGGAGAAACUUAGACUAAUUGUUGCCGGUGGUGAUGGUACAGCUGGAUGGCUUCUUGGAGUUGUUUGCGACUUGAAACUGUCCCACCCUCCUGCUAUCGCUACUGUACCCCUUGGAACAGGAAAUAACCUCCCUUUCGCAUUCGGCUGGGGAAAAAAAAACCCAGGGACAGAUCAGCAAUCUGUAAAGUCAUUCUUGUAUCAAGUCAUGAACGCAAAAGAAAUGAAAAUUGACAACUGGCACAUUCUCAUGAGAAUGAAGGUACCAACUGAAGGAAAUUGUGACCCGAUUGCACCUCUUGAGUUGCCACAUUCACUACAUGCGUUUCAUCGUGUUUCCUCAAACGAUUCUUCAAACAUGGAAGGCUACCUUACUUUUCGUGGUGGAUUUUGGAACUACUUUAGCAUGGGAAUGGAUGCCCAAGUGUCGUACGCAUUUCAUUCUGAGAGGAAGUUGAAUCCUGAAAAGUUUAAGAACCAGUUAGUUAAUCAGAGUACAUAUGCUAAACUUGGGUGUACUCAAGGCUGGUUUAUGGCUUCCCUUUUCCACCCUGCUGAUAAGAAUAUCGCACAGAUGACAAAGGUGAAGAUCAUGAAGAAACAUUGUAGUCAAUGGGAAGAGCUUCAUAUUCCUCCCAGUAUCAGGUCAAUUGUAUGCCUUAACUUACCAAGUUUCUCAGGAGGAUUAAAUCCUUGGGGCACCCCAAACAAGAACAAAUUACGAGAUAGAGAUUUAACUCCUCCAUAUGUGGAUGAUGGACUUAUCGAAGUUGUUGGUUUUAGAGAUGCUUGGCAUGGGCUUGUUCUGUUAGCGCCAAAUGGCCAUGGGACUCGUCUUGCACAGGCAAACCGAAUCCGUUUUGAGUUUCACAAAGGUGCUGCUGACCAUACCUUUAUGAGGAUUGAUGGAGAACCUUGGAAACAGCCUCUUUCGGUUGAUGAUGAUACUGUUAUGGUGGAAAUCUCUCACCACGGUCAGGUGAACAUGCUUGCCACCCAAGGCUGCCGUUCAAAAAGUAUACAUGAUCCCUCUUCAGUACAUCAAAGUGCAACUGAGGAAGGCGAUAAUGAAGAUGAUUCAACCAUGGGAGGUGAAGAGUGGAGCAAAUUUGGUGCUGCUGACACAUUCAGGAUCCCAGAUGGAGUUGACAUAUCACAUCUGAGUUAGGCCUGUUGUCCAACUUACUGUGAAUAUUAUUGGCAUUUGUGAGCAAACUCUCUGGAUGAUAUCCCUCGCGCUGACUUUAUCAACUUGAUGAUUCCUUUGUGAUUAUUUCAACGUUAAUUAUUGUUUUGUGUAGAUAAAAGCAUGGUAUUGGUAUUGAUAUUUUAUUUAGCUACCUCUUGAUAAAAGCAUGGUAUUGGUAUUGAUAUUUUAUUUA